GGGCGGGAACGGACGAAUGUUUGGACGCUGGGGGAUCGCGUGGGAGUCGGAGCCUGCGGCAAAGCAACGAGCAAGAUCGUCGUCGUUGCGAGCAGGCAGGGGAUCGAUUCUGAAGUCCAGAUUCUGACACAGGUCCCAGAAUCACCGUCACUGCUAACUUCGGACGACGCGCGGUCAACAACCUGGAAAUGUGGCCUCCUUUUGGACAUUCCCCCAGAUCCGGCACGAGCCUUUCUGUUGCUGUUUGAUGCACGUAUUAAAAUUCUCCGACAUACUCGUGAGCUGGACAUGUGCCGCAGAUGUGACCCGAGCGAGGGGUCCAGGACUGACUCGAGGCGCAUCGCGCAUCGUUGUGACGCGUUUGUGUGACCGUGGGUGGUUUCUUUAGCCGCUCGCCGAUUUUUGUUUUUGGGUUCCUCUUGGGUUCCUCCUUGGCCGGGACCUCGUUACUUGAUUCCUGAAAUCCGCCUUCACCAUCGGUUUAGGGUCUGGAUUCGACUCGUUCCAGCGACCGGGUGGUCGGGAAUGUGAGGAACUCUAGAUCUGCUUCAUCCCCGGGCGGAGAACAAAGCGAUUUAUCGGCUUGCUCGUCGAUAGGGAGCCUCUAGUUUUACUGGACGUGAUCCAGAGUGCUUUCGGAGGAACACAGAGGUUUUCGCCCGAGGAAUUUGUUUUCUUCGGUUCGACAGAGGCCGCAAUUUCGAAGACACUGGGGCGCAUGUACGUCAGUGUUGUUGUUCUGCACUCUGCACUCAAGCGAAUAUAAUUCUUCGGGCGAAUCAAACACCUCCUGGUCGAAUUUCUGUUCGAUCUCGGCUGCAGAGGUUUUAGGGGUUUAAGCUCUCGGUGAAGAUGAGCGUACGUUGGUGUCCCGAAUCGCCGGAUUUUGUGUGAGAAGCGCUCUCUGACCUCCUGCCUCGAUCAAGAUCAGGGAAAUGCUCACACGGGGACCUCUGGCUGUAUCAUCCGAAGGCGGCGGGCUUCGAAAGUUCGAAAAUGGGACAGUGGUGGAUCUAUGUUCACUCAAGGAACUAACCGGAACAAGAAGAGUAAGAGGUGGAGUGCGUGAAAAUUGGCUUUCGCACAACGCUCUCAGCUCCUGGAGUCUCCAAGAUCUCUCCGACGGCUUGAAAUUCCUCGUCAAAUGGAAUCGUUGCACUGUUCAAGAGCGAGUUUGUGAAUCCCACGAGGCCAAAAGUCUAGCGAAUGCCACAGCCUGGACUAGCCCGUCCUCAGCUUGCGGUGAAGAGCUGUCGACCCCAAUUCUGGAUCUGUCAGUGAACAGUCCGCUCGACCUAGGGUAUGAAGGCAAAGCCCGCAAGGAUUACCAUCCUAGUCUAUGCGUUUACCCGAUUUUAGUAAACAUGUUCGGUUCACUAACUGUAACUUUUGGCACGGACACCGCUUUUCAGAGAAGAAUGAAUGCCGAGAGCUUCCACCUCAUGGAGAAAAUCAUUCAGGGUGAACAACUCCGUUGGAGUAAUUUAGUGAACGAUGUUCUCCUUCGAGAUCUCAAACGGAACCAGCAGUUGGACGUUGUUCCAAAAGAGUGUGCGACACCCAAGAACCCCUUGCUUGGCGACUGGACCUUUCAGGCCAAUGCCAGGAGAGAGCCAGAAGAUUCAAAGCCGGCAGAAGUGCCAGACUACAACGGUGGCCCGGUUACCAAUGGGCCCGCUGUGGUUACAGGCUCGCCCAGUCCAUCCGACGAGGGCAUAGACAGGGACGUUUCCACUGCGCUUCUGCGUCCAGCACCCAAAAGGUACUCGAGGUCUGGAGAUUCAAUCCCCAGUGAUCCUCACGAAUGUGGCGAGGAGCUGGACACCGGUAUGAUCAGGCCGUAUGGAUUUCGUACUCAGCUCUCCGGAAUAGCGCACGAGCUUCUACAACUGAGAUUGCACAUAAACAAGGAGCAGGAACGUUUCAGGCAGCAGGAACAAAUUUCCAUGAAGAAAAAGACGCAACGCGAAAAGGCUUCGAUGGGGAAAUCUAGACCCAAGGACCGAACAAAGAGAGGAGAAUCGAUGAGGUCGGAAGUAGAGUUGAGGAGGCAGGCUCCUUCCAAGGAUCAUGCGAUCCGCCUCGUGGAUGAUCUGAAAGAGAAAGUGAGUUGCCUUCUGAAGCAACGGAGGGAACUACGGGAGCAAGAUCGAAUCCUGAGAUUGCAGCUGGACGAAAUGAGGGCCAGAUGGAAAGAGUCUGUUCUACAGGUUGAGCAGGCCAGGACCGAGAAAGCUAACAUCUUGACAAAGAUAGAUUCCAUCAUGAGCUGAUUUCCGGCUAACGGAUUCUCUAGGUCACGCACAGGACGAAUUUCUUGCCACUAAUCAGAUGUCAUUUGUGUAUAAAGUGUUGUUUGCUCUGUUGUAGGACUUCUCGUCCUUCAAACUGACUCUCAGCUUCGUUCAGAGAUCAGUGGUGCCACAUCGCCCGUCUCUCAAUGCCCACUUUGUGCCCCACCGUGUGUGACUCGGGACUGCCUACUCUCAUUCUUUCCCUCACUUCGAGUUGCAUGAUUUGGAAUAGGUUUCACUUCUGAGCAAAACUAUGAGCGAUAGUUAUCAGAAAAAUAUCUAGAUUCAGCUCGAUAGGCUUGAGUGCACUCUCUAAUCUCAUGAACCAUAUGUUUGCGUCUCUUCCUUUUCUGUUCAGUGGCCUCCAAUUGGUCACUGCAGCUAGGCCAUAUGUCCACGUCUGUUGCAAUCCAGGCAGGGACUUUCUUCGAAUAUGAAGCCCGAUACGACAUUCCUUGACUGCCUUCUCACGACCAUGAUAUCAUCGACUCAAAACUUCAUUUCAACAUGAACUCCAAACCAGAAAACACAAUUUUAACGUGGAUUGUUAGUAUUAUUUAUUGCGCCACGUGAUCGAUCGGUACGACGCUUUGGGGCUAAGUGAACUGUGGAUAUCAAUUUGACAUGUGCAAGAAGGAAUGUGUGAAGGCCUACCAGAAUAGGUGCCAUAGAUACCACUCUUUGUCGUGAAUUGUACAUUCAUGUCAAUAUGUCUCUAUUGUGGGAUAGAGAACAUCAAUUCAUGCAUCUGUAAUAAAGAAAUCACCGG